AUGUGUCAUCCUCACCCAAGUAGGGGCCGUACUGUUGGUAGCCGUGCGUCAUACCCGGAUGAUCCGCCUAGGAUGGACCCUACUAAAAAGCUGCAUAUCCCGUUGAGCUAUUCAACUCCCAAGCCACAAGGAGAUGGGAUGACGAAAUCGGACAGGCAUGAGCAUGGACGCAGAGACCAUUGUGCACAAUCCGAUAUCAUAAACAACCAUGCAAUGAGCAGCGCCCGGCGUAAACGACGUUGGUAUGGCGUUCGAAUAGGUCGCCGCCCCCCAGAUCCACGAAAUGCGAGGCGUUCCUGA